UUUAAUGUUUCUUAGAUAAAAAUACAAAAUAAUAAAAUAUUUUUAUUUAAAAUCACGGUUUAGUUCUGUUGUACGUGGCAAACAUUACAAUUCAAAAAUAAAUACUUAAGAAGAAAUUUUUAUUUUUUCUAAAAUUGAAAUGAAGUCUUCUGCAUUUUGUUUAUUAAUUAUAGUCGAGAUAUUGGCUAUUUUAGUCUGUGUGUUUUUGUGGGAAAAAUGGAAUUCAAAUCAUGAAGUAAAUAGAAUCAUUGUACUAGAUGGUACAAUGACUAAUGGAACGACUAAUGGUGAAAGAGAAAUCAAGAAUGAGGAAAUAUCUAUAGACAAUAGAAUGCAACAUUUUAUUUCAAGCAGUCAAAAUGUAACCACAAAUGAUAAUGAUAUGAUAAGUACUGAAGAUAAAAUCUCAGGAAUAGAAGACAAUAAGACAAAUACAAAGUUUGCAGGAAUGGAAAAUCAAGUUGAAAAAUUUGACUAUAGCAGUAGAGAAAAUGAUGAAAAUGAGGGUAAAAAUGCAAAAAUAUCCAUAGAUAGUCGAAUGCAAAAUCUAUUUACAACCACUAAUGAUAGUAAAGAAAAUGCAAAAAUUAAAAAUGAAAAUCAUAACAAAGAAUUUGACGACUUUGAAGGUAAUGGUAAUGUAAUCACAACCACUGAGGAUGUAAUCGAAACAACAGAAAGUCGAAAUGAAAGUCUAAGUGCACAAUUAAUGGCUGAGAAAGUCGCAGAUGAUCUAAUUCCAAGUACUAACGAUGUAAUCACAAAUGCUAAAGAAGUAAUCAUAAACUCGGAGAAUGGAAUAAAAAAUACAAAUGAAACAGAAAAUGAAAGUAAAAGUAUUGUGAUGUACGAUACAACAGAUUUUUGAAACGUAAUUGCAAAUAAUUAAGAUGUAACUACAAGUACCGAACAUGUGAUUGCAAGUGCUGAAGAUUUAAUUACAAAUAAAGAAAAAUAAUUAUUUUCAAAUGAAUUAAUGAUUAAUAAAUGUUUCAAAAUGUUUUAAAAUAAAUUAAUGAUUUAAAUAAACGUUUCAUUUGAAUCUGUAA